GGCUAAUAAAAGUACACACAUUGAAAGACUCGAGAGUAAGAAAAAAAACAAACAAAAAUGGAGAAGAUAGAGCACAAGAUGGUAGCUGUAAAUGGCCUAAAUAUGCAUAUAGCAGAAUUAGGCCAAGGCCCAACAAUCCUCUUCAUCCAUGGCUUCCCUGAGCUCUGGUACUCAUGGCGCCACCAAAUGGUCUACUUAGCUGAACGUGGGUACCGUGCUGUGGCGCCUGACUUAAGGGGUUAUGGAGAUACUACUGGUGCACCCCUUAAUGACCCUUCAAAGUUCAGUAUUUUUCACAUUGUGGGUGAUGUUGUAGCAUUGCUUGAAGCCAUUGCUCCUAAUGAAGACAAGGUGUUUGUUGUUGCGCAUGACUGGGGCGCGUUUAUUGCUUGGCAUUUAUGCCUUUUUAGGCCAGAUAAAGUUAAAGCCUUGGUGAAUUUGAGUGUCCAUUACCACCCAAGGAGCUCAAAUAUGAAUCCUGUUGAGGGGCUAAAGGCUUUAUAUGGGGAAGAUUAUUAUAUCUGCAGAUUUCAGGCACAAGGAGAUAUUGAAGCUGAAUUUGCUCCAAUUGGUGCUAAGUCUGUUCUUAAGAAAAUGUUGACAUACCGCGAUCCUGCACCCUUUUAUUUUCCUAAAGGCAAAGGCCUUGAAGCUAUCGCUGAUGCUCCGAUUGCCCUUUCAACGUGGCUCUCUGAGGAAGAGUUGGAUUACUAUGCCAACAAGUUUGAGCAGACUGGUUUCACUGGUGCACUUAACUAUUACCGAGCUUUAUCCAUAAGUUCAGAACUCACAGCACCAUGGACAGGGGCUGAAGUUAAAGUUCCAACCAAGUUUAUUGUCGGUGAAUUCGACUUGGUCUACCAUAUGCGAGGUGCUAAAGAGUACAUACACAAUGGUGGAUUUAAGAAAUAUGUUCCAUUGUUGGAGGAAGUUGUAGUUUUGGAAGGUGCAGCUCACUUUGUUAAUCAAGAAAGGCCACAUGAGAUUAGUAAGCACAUUUAUGACUUCAUUCAAAAGUUCUAAACUUCUUCUUUUCCUUUGAAUUUUCAGAAAAUAAUGUUAGCUUCGGAUUAUCUAAUCCCAUAAUUUGGCUUGUAAGUUCCCCAUUUGUGGAACUACAUUGGAUAUGUUGUUAUUGUUGUUAAUCGACUUGUAAGUUAGUUUAAAUUUGGAACGUUUUGAUGUUAAGGAAUAUAACGCCAUAAGUUCGUGUGUAA